AUGCGAUGCCCUCUUCUCGAUAUUGAUGGCUAUCCACUGUCCAGAAAAUUAGGGUUCCCGAUGACAUGGUGCGAAAUCGACCGGGACCUUAAAUUCUGGUGCUGGGGUUCGUGGCAGCCACUCAGCGAGCCGGGCCCGUGUCCCCUGGUGCUGGAUCCUGUUCAGGUCAGGUAUUGCUUAAACAGCCAGUUGGGAGUCUCAGACGCACGUCUACCCAAUGCUAGGCAGAGCGACCAAUCGCUACCAUGCGGCGAGCUCGAGACGGACGAUAAAGCGUCGCCUUACUUUUUGGAUCCCACACGCCUAUGUUGGGGAUCCUUUGGACCCUGGGACCUCCCAUCUUACGGGACCAUUCAUCAGUCCCGGGACCAGAACAAUCACAGAACGUUCUGA